CAAAACUGCCUGCUUUCAAAUCCUCCGCCUCCCCCGCCCGCCCCCCCGCCACUUCCCCCAUCGUUCCCGGCAGCGGCGGCGUGAGGGCUUGGGCCGGUGCCACUCGAUCGCCUCCCCCAGCAGCCGGCGGCGGCGCGGAGCUUUCCCUGCGGAAGAAGUAGCGGUGAAGAGACCUCUGCUCUUAACAUUUGAAAAAAGCAGAAAAAUGGCAUCAGAAGACAUCACUAAGCUUGCGGAGUCACUUGCCAAAACCAAAGUGGGUGGUGGACAGUUGAGCUUCAAAGGACAGAGCCUUAAACUCAAUACAGCUGAAGAUGCUGAAGAAGUGAUCAAGCAAAUCGAGGAAUUUGAUGGCCUGGAAGCUUUGCGCCUGGAAGGCAACACUGUGGGUGUGGAGGCAGCAAAGGUCAUCGCCAAAGCCUUGGAAAAAAAAUCGGAACUCAAGAGGUGUCAUUGGAGUGACAUGUUCACAGGGAGACUAAGGUCUGAGAUUCCUCCUGCUUUGAUCUCUUUGGGGGAUGCACUCAUCACUGCUGGAGCCCAGCUGGUGGAGCUGGACCUGAGCGACAAUGCCUUUGGGCCAGAUGGUGUGCGUGGCUUUGAGGCACUGCUGAAGAGCCCCGCAUGCUACACGCUGCAGGAACUCAAGCUCAAUAACUGUGGCAUGGGCAUUGGUGGUGGCAAGAUAUUGGCAGCUGCUCUGAAAGAAUGUCACAGGAAAUCAAGUGCCCAGGGCAAGCUGCUGGCUUUGAAAAUAUUUGUGGCUGGCAGAAAUCGUCUGGAGAAUGAUGGUGCCACUGCCCUGGCUGAAGCCUUUGGGAUCAUUGGGACUCUAGAAGAGGUCCAUAUGCCACAGAAUGGAAUUAACCAUCCUGGCAUCACAGCACUGGCCCAGGCCUUUGCUGUCAACCCACUACUUAAGGUUAUAAACUUGAAUGACAACACCUUCACAGACAAAGGAGCUAUCGCCAUGGCAGAGACUCUGAAGGCACUUCGCCAGAUUGAAGUGAUCAAUUUUGGAGACUGCCUGGUGCGGUCAAAGGGUGCUGUUGCUAUUGCUGAUGCUGUUAAAGAAGGGCUUCACAAAUUAAAGGAACUGAAUUUGUCCUUCUGUGAGAUCAAACGAGAUGCUGCUCUGACUGUUGCAGAAGCUAUUGAAGAUAAAGCAGAGUUGGAGAAAUUGGAUCUCAAUGGUAACUACCUGGGAGAAGAGGGAUGUGAGCAACUCCAGGAGAUCCUUGAGGGCUUCAAUAUGGCAUCUGUGCUGGGAUCUUUGAGUGAUGAUGAAGGGGAAGAGGAGGAUGACGAUGAAGAAGAGGAGGAGGAGGGUGAAGCUGAAGAGGAGGAAGAGGAGGAAGAGGAGGAGGAAGAACAGCAACAACUGAAGGAGAGAGGACAGGGAGAACAGCAGUCACUGACUCCUAAGAAGAUCAUUGAUUCACAGGAUUCAACUCCAGUGCCGUCUCCUCCUGUGGACGUUGCCACUUUCCUUGCUUUCCCAUCACCAGAGAAGCUGCUGCGACUAGGACCAAAGUGCUCUGUGCUGAUAGCUCAGCAGACAGAUACAUCUGAUGUAGAGAAAGUAGUUACAACACUCCUAAGGAUAUCCUCGGUUUUCAAAGAUGACGCUCCAGUGAAAACAGCAGUGCAUGAAACAACAGAUGCCUUGAUGAGAAAAGCCUUCACUUCUGCCACAUUUAAUUCGGAUGCAUUCAUCACAAGCCUCUUGAUCCACAUGGGACUACUUAAGAGUGAAGAGAAGAUCAAAGCUGUCCCCAGCCUCUAUGGUAUUCUUAUGACCUUGAACCAUGUGGUCCAGCAGGAUUAUUUCCCUAAAUCCCUGGCCCCAGUUCUUUCAGCUUUUGUCACAAAACCAAACCGUGCUCUUGACUCCUGUUCAUUUGCUCGCCACAUGCUCUUACAAACCCUCCACCAGCUGUGAGACAGGAGAUGUGCUGCUGUGCCCUUCCCUCCUCAUAGGACUGUCGUCAGCAGAGAGCUCAGAGCUGCAUGAUGGGAGAGGAUCCCAGAGCCCAUACAGACAUGCUCUCCUUUCUUUUUUCCUUUUCUUUUUUUUUUUUCCCUCCCCUCCUCUCUCCCCUGUAGGAGGUCUGUCCUUCCUUCUGCUUUCGUAGACUUGGACAAAUUCUGCUGAAUUUUUUUUUUCCUACUCCUCGUGAAGUGACUCCCUGGUCUGUAGGGCAGGUACUUAACGCUAGGAUAAAUCAGUGCAGCUCUGAGCUCUGCAUGAAUUACAAAGAAGAGUCCUCCAGUCACAUUGCCAAGGGUCUGCCAAGACUCACAUGGAGCUGAGAAGCGCUCUCAGCAGGAGCAACCCAGCUGUGCAUUUUAUUUCAUUGUAUUGGACUGUGACUCCUGCCUGGUAGCACUCAGCGCUGUGCAGGGGGGAGGCUGCGCUGCUGCCGCCACCCCUGCUUCUCCAGGCCAGGGGGGUGCUCGACCCCCUUCUGCUGCUGCCGGCUCAGAGGCACAAAGCGUGCUCCGCUUUGUUUCUUCUUUCAAGUCCAUUUGUCGAAGGUCGCAUGUGGCUGAUUUGUAUUUUAAUAUACUGCUCCCCUGCUGCUGUGGCUUGGAAUAUUGGUGUAGUGUGGCUGACCCUGGUGGCCAUUGCUUAAGGGAGCAAGCAUAUUUUUAUUGUAAAUUUUGUUGCCGUUGCCUGUGUUAUUCCCUCUUCCUGCCCUUUCCCUGUCCCUUUCCCUUCUCUUCCUAAUUAAAUAGGCUCGGUUUGGAAAUGAAUACAAUCCAUGAAAUCCCUGUGGAAUACAUGUUCCCUUUCUCCUCCCUUUGACAAAACACGGGGGCUGCGUGCACUGUUCACAUGUUUGAAAGCUGAGCGUGUGUAAGAGCGUAAAGAAUCAGUGCUGUGCUCGUCAUUCUCGGGUAGGGCUGUGCUUUUUUCUUGUCCUGAAGCAGUAGCAGCAGCUGCCCCUAAAUCUCUGCAUGGAGGAUUGCCCGUGUUCCCGCACACGUUUGUGGCACCUACCUGUACAAUUCCUGAGCACACAAGCUCCUCCUUCUCCCUCUUUUUUUUUUUUUCGAGCCUCUGGAAAUCAACACAUCUCUUUAGGUAGCAAAGAGUUAUUCCUUCCCUCUCUGUUUUUCAGUGGGAGGAGACCUUACAAUUGAUGUACAGUAUAAAUAGGGCCAGCGCUAGAGAGAAGUCAAGGAAAUGGAGUCAGCUGUCUCUUCCCUGUGAGAGGCAAUGUGUACCGCAGCUAGCAGCGGGCACAUGCAGGAAAAAUUGGCGUUAACUCACAGGUUCUGCGAGCAGCAGAGACAGGAAAAAGGGCUUGGGGCACUGGAUUGAAAUAAAGCGUGUGGUAUGUGCAAGA